UUGUGCCUUCUCAACCAGCCCUUUGACUGCCGCCAGAUCGACCUCAAUCGCGACUUGUACACUAUUUUUGACUCAGAACCAGAUUCGGUCAAAAUCUAUCUAUACACGGUCAUGUUAAAAUAGUAACAAUAGCAUGCGCGGUCCACAUUCAGACGGUAUCGCGGUAUCUAGAGCGACCAAUCAUAUUCGAGUAUCUUAUUCUAUUCUCAUCUUCAAGAUCUUGACUUGACGGCGAUCUCCACUACAACAGACAGCUGUAUCAUCAAUAGGCAUUGUCAGACAAAUGAAUGGCUUUCAUUGUUUCUCUUUGCCAAUGACCAUGAGGCUGCUAUUGUUUCACAAGAACCUCCCCAUGCUGUGAAUGGAAUUGUUGGCUGACCUGGCAUCAGGCAUCAAUAGGCUGGUAAACGCCUGGUAUUUGCAUUCUCUAUUCUGGGUGGCUAUUGUCAAUUGAUCAGGUUUGUGGGAAAGCCCCAGGUCAACAUCAUGUCUUAUAGAGAUCAAUAUCUCCAGAAUUAGGGCUCCUGUUCGCUACGUCCCGUCAUAUAAUCCUCUCUCUAGGUGUUUCUCCCAACUUCCUGCCUAAUCUUCUUUUCUUUCUCUUCAAAAUCAAUCCCUCCUUUCUACCUUCUUUAACAACUUCAAUUUCUUCCUGUCUGGUACAUCUGUUUCCUCGCUCUGCUGGCUGGAUCGUGGACUCAACUCAUUCCUAUCUUCAUUAAUCUCGCGCUUUUAUCUGUUCUACACUCUUUACAACCAGCCUCUUUGAAAAUCGGCUAGAAGCCAAGAAAAGACAACGUCAUGUCUCGCCUCUCCAAAGCCCUGGCAGGUCCAGGUUACGUGAUUCUCAAUGUCCUUCGAGCAAUCAACAUAAUCACCUUUCUCGACCUCAUCGCCGCAAGCGUGGUAAUGCUCAUCAAAAUCUCCAUCAACAACAAUUUCUUCUUCUUUGAAGCCGUCAGUCAUGCAUUUACCACCAUACUGGGUGUCUUCCUCGUCAUUUCUGAAUUGCCCUUCUUCGACAAAUUCUUCACUCGUUUCGUGCCUCAAUUAGGUGAAACCGCGAGUUUUGUGCCCUUGUCACUCGUCAUGCUCAUCAUGGGCGUCUCGGUGCUCGGAAAUCUGAACAAUGACGACUACAGUCAGGAUCAUAUGGGAAUGCCGUUCUGGAGGAUCGUGGCAUCUGCUGGAAUCCUGGCAAUGACCAUGGGAAUCGUCAAUUUCAUUGCAAGCUUCAUCUUCGCAGACUCCGAAAAUUCCCUCACAGCCCGCCACGUCCGCUCCUACGGCGCCGUAGCCGACAAGGUACUCGACUCCAAAAGCAGCCAGAGAUCCUUCAAACUGAGCCCUAGCGGUAGUUUCCAUAAUAAUAACCAAGCCGACGGCCUCCCUACGUAUCGUCAAGUCAGCAUCACGCGCUCAGCGGAAGAACUUCGUAACUCGCGGUUUCCGGUGAAUAUCUCAAGUCCCGUUAGAGAGAAGACGACUACUUCUCCGCAUGCUACGCCGUAUGGUGAGACGCCGGAAGUGACCAUGCCUGAUCUUGCGCAUCAUCCUGCUAUGCAGGGUGGGAAUUUUGUUUGAUAUUUUUUCCUCUCCUGUUCUUUCUUUCCAGGUAAGAUUGCUAUUUCGAGCUAAAUAAGCGGGUUAGUGUUUGGUGUUGGGCGAAAAAAUCUCUUUUCUUAUUUCCUUCGCUGUAUUCUUUGGAAUAUCUUUCUUUCGCAUUUGCUCACAAGGCCGACAUUCGCUCGCUAAUGACUGUACAUAAUACAAUAUCUAAUCACGCUCUUUUGACCCAUACUUCUCGGUCGAAUCUUAUCAGCAAAAUGAAUGGAAAAUGUAAAUUCGAGCGUUCCUAC